GUUUUCGCGUUAGUAUACCGUCGGUCGUUGCGCGUGCGCGUCCCCGCUUUGUUCCGUUUGUGUAGAGCGCAUGUGAGAGGAUACAGAAAUGGACUCUAAAGAGAAACAGAUAGUUAAUGAGCAUCAGCAAUUGACGCAAUCGCACGAAUAUAAAGCAGGAUGGUCGUUCUUCCUGGUGCUGGCGGGAGUGGUCACCACCAUCGGCCUGUCGCUGCCUGUCGGAUACAAUAUUGGUGUAGUCAAUACACCAGCAGAGAUCUUAAAGACGUUCUGCAAUGAGAGCUUCGUGAGCCGCUACAACCUGCCUCUGGACGAAGCCUGGCUGAACAUCCUCUGGUCUUCCGUGGUCUCCAUCUUUAUCGUCGGUGGAUGUACUGGCUCUAUACUCGGUUCUGUGCUCGCUGACAAACUUGGCAGAAAGAAUGCGUCAAUCGCGACGAGUGCGUUGUUCGUGUGUGGCGCGGCGCUGUUCCUGCUGUGCCGCGCUGCCAACUCCGUGGAGAUGCUGGUGCUGGGCAGGCUGCUCGUCGGUCUGGCUGGAGGUUUGACGACAAGUAUAGUGCCGAUGUACCUAACGGAGCUGUCGCCGCCGAGCCUGACAGGUGCCAUGGGGGUGGCAUGCCCCAUGGGGGUCAACGUGGGGGUGCUGGUCGGACAAGUCAUGGGGUUGAAAUUCUUGCUGGGUGGUGUCGAAGACUGGCCAUACUUACUGUCCGUCUAUGCUGUACUAGUCAUUAUUUGUUUACCUAUUUUAUACAUUUUACCAGAAAGUCCAAAGUACCUUUUUAUUGUUAAGAAAAAUGAAAUUGCCGCGAUGAAACAACUAAGCCGCCUACGCGGAGUAUCAUCUAGCAUACUGAGCGAGGAGGUGGAGGCGAUGCGCGAGGAGCGGCGCGCGGCGCAGGCGGCGGCCAGCAGCGGCCAGCGCGCCUGGAGCAUGGCGCGCGUCGCGCGGGACCCGCGUCUGCGUCUGCCGCUGCUGCUCGCCUGCGCCACGCAGGCCGGACAGCAGACCUCCGGCAUUAAUGCGGUGUUCUACUACUCGCAGACGAUCUUCAUGCAGGCGGGGCUGUCGGCGAUGACAAGUUAUGCAGUAAAAGACGAAAACUGUCCAUAG